ACAGACAGGCGCGCCUGUUUUAUUUACUGCUUAUCCGGAUGACGGCUGUUUCACGAGAGCUAAAGUGAAGUGAUCACCCCGCCCUGUCAAGCUGGCAGGGUUAGGCACAACGCGCGCUCUGUUAGUGUGUCACGUGACCGGGGGAAAAGAAGAAAAAAGAAAGAGGCGAGGAAGAGAGAAAGGGAAAAGCAAAAAAAGAAAAAAAAAACUGUGGGACUAUCCGCUUGGAAGAAGAGGGAGGUUUUCUGUUUACGCGCAGUAUUUAGUCGAGAAGGGCGAAGAAGUCAGAAGAAGUGGGAGACUGUUCAGUUAAGCGCUCCAGAUGUGAUGGGAGGACGGACGUGGAUGUCGGCUGGAUAUGAGACAAGCACGUAAAUAAAUCUGAAACGGAGGAGGGGAGAAGAUGAAGCUGAACGAGCGCAGCAUGGCGCACUACGCCACCUGUGAUUCACCACCAGACAAGACGGGCUUCCUGUUCAAAAAGGGGGAGCGCAACACUGCUUAUCACCGCCGUUGGUUUGUCCUGAAGGGUAACAUGCUCUUCUACUUCGAAGAGCGCGACAGCCGAGAGCCCAUUGGCGUCAUCGUUCUUGAAGGAUGCACCGUGGAGCUGUGUGAGUCGACCGAGGAGUUCGCCUUUGCCAUCAAGUUUGAUUGCGCCAAAGCUCGUGUGUACAAGAUGGCUGCUGAGAACCAAGCAGCCAUGGAGUCCUGGGUGAAAGCGCUGUCAAGGGCCAGCUUUGACUACAUGAGGCUGGUGGUGAAAGAGCUGGAGAGGCAGCUGGAGGAGAUCCAGGAGGCUGCCGGAGGCAGCUUUGUUGGGGCUGGAGUUGGAAACCUGCAGGGCAGGCCCAAGUCCUCAAAGCGAAACCAUAUGGGACGGUCCAGGUCUGGAGCAUCUUCUUCUUCAUCUUCCUCGUCCUCCAUAUCAUCGUCAUCAUCAAGUGUCCCUCCCAUGUCAGCCUCCUUCUCUGCCCAGAAGAACCAACAGGAUGAGCUGCAGCUCAUCUCUGGGCCCUCCAAGGAGAAUGGUGUUGCAUGGAGUAAACCACCAGCUGCCUUGGCUAACGGCUUUGUGGAGGGAGCUUCAUCCUGUGCGGUAUGGGAAAGCUCCGGGGACCCUGCAAAUGUCACUGGAUACGGAGCUGAUGGAGCGAGGGCUCCGCCUGUGCCUCCCCGGAGAAAAGGUGCUUCUCUGGAAAGCCCCGUAUGCCCUGGAACCGGCUGCUUCUCCAAACUCCAUGACUGGUACGGCAAAGAGGUGGAGGAACUGAGAGUGCAGUGGCUUCAGAGCCAGUAAGCUUACUGAGGUAGAUCGCCUCUUUUUCCACAGUAUAUCAUUCCUUCCUGAUCAUUCUGCAGUGCUUCACCUAUCUGAACCCAGCAAUAGAGUGAAGUGACUGAAUGGAGACUUAACUGCAGUCUUAACUAAUGGCAAAUGAAGGAAAAAAAGCAUUUGAGAUUAUUUUAAAAUCCUGUCAGAGGGGAAAAACUGCCAUAAAUGUUAACACUAUCCUUUGUAUAAGCCAAAAAACACAAAAUAUGCUCUUUGUCCACAAACCGAGUUAUAUUUCCCAAUUGCAAUUUUAAAAUCAUAAUUCUUGUAUUACAAUCAUCAGUUUUUCAAAAAUGAUGCAAUGAGUUUAGCCUUGAUUGAUCCUUUAUUAGAUACAAAUAAAAUAAUGCAGCUUUAUAUUUGCUGUGACCUUUUUCCCUUAAUAAGAACCAUGACGUUUCUCAUUCCUUCCUUAUCAUUCUGCAGAGAUUGUACAUGCAAAUUACUUUGCUAAUCAUGUGGACAUUGCAAUAAAACAACAGGUAACUGAUAAGGUCACAACAGGAAAGUCUUUUUAUAAGGAAAAGGAAAAGCAUGAGGUGAUUUCUGUUGUGUAAUAACAAUCUGGAGACGUUGCACAAGACAAAUCCACAGAGUUUGAAGUUGUUAUGUCACAUUAACCACGCUAUAGUGCAAAGACAAUUCUGCAGCUUUAUGAUUGAAGUCCCAGUUUUGUGCUGUCCAGCUUUCACCCCUUUUGGUGAUGCAACUUUUCAAAGCUGCUGGACUGUUUUUGAAUCGUGUUCAACCUAAUGACUUGGGCUCCAGGACAGUUUUCAUAUUUCAAGUUAUAUAUUCAGGAUUUUCUGUUUUGGUCAAACUCCCGUAACGCUGAGAUAAUUCACUAUAGUAAGGUGCAGGUGUAUGUACUGUGUAUGGCCAUCGCCAGUAUUUUUAUUGAUCUGGGUGACCUGGCCCUUCAAAUCUUUAAAUAACGAGGGUGAGAAGUGCCACAGUCUACUUGAGGUCCAAUAUUACCUCAGAUAUUUCGUUGUCAUUCUUGAAACAGGCAAAAUUCCUCUAACCACAACAAUAUAAGGCACAAAAAAUGUGUUUUCAUUUCAUUACUAGGCUACUUAUUUCCAUAUUAUGCACUAAUGAUUAAAGAGGUCAUGUCCUCUAUAGUAGUUGGGAUCAAUGCAUAUAACUUUGAUACAGUAAUCACUUCUGCAGAUAUUGACUGACUCUGUCUGCUUCAAACUUCCUUUUACUGAAAGCUUUUAUGAAUGUCUUUAAUAUUCUGUUCAUUUCCACAUUUUUAUGCUUUCUGUUUAAUUUGUUUCUGCGAAGCACUUUGUAUCUUUGUUUAAAAAAGUGCUGCAUAAAUAAACUUUAUUAUACAUA